CCCAGGCGGGGAGGGGAGGGCGCCGGCCCCGCCCCGCCCCCUUUUCCGAGUGCGGAGGUGUUCAGGGAAGCUGUCGCUGCCCGUUCGGGCUCUGUACACGUUGUUUUUGUUUUUGUUUUGCGGGGUACCGGGAAUCGAACUGGGGACCUCGCGCUUGCCAGGCAGGCGCUGCGCCGCUGCGCGCCGUCCCCGACCACCCCACACGCGCUCUCAGGCCCCUCUGCGGCCAGCGAGUGCCUGCACAUGCUCGCGAGGCUCUGGAACCCCAGAAAGGACAUUGUUGGGGACCGGGCGUCACGCCUACGCCGCCCCUGAGAAAUCCGCACCCCUCUUCUACUUUCCUCCGCACCCGGCCCGGGGAAAGCUCCGCCCGCCCGCGCAUCAUCGGAGCCAAUUGGUUCCCUCUGCAAAAACCUGAGGGCGGAGCUGGGGUUGAAGGGGCCGCAGGCGCAAUGGAGCCCUCGGAGGGCGCAGGUCCCGCCCACCCUUCCCCAUCCACCGCCGGCAGAGAGGAAGUAACGCGCAGGCGCAGCUGCGAUAAUUAGCUCCCAGCGGAAGCCCCGCCCCUCCCCAUGCCUUAAAGGGCCAGAAGCAGUUGCCGCUGCAGGAGUCCUUUCCUACUUUUGAGGGGCGGGGGUGCGCAGGCGCAGUGGGGGAGCGCUGGGGUGGGGGUAGCGGUUGCGUAUCAAGUUGCUCUCUGUCCCGGCCAAAGAAGCCAGAGUGCUGGGGGUCGAGUCUGUAGCUAGAUCCCAGCUAUAUCCAUUGGAGGAGAAAAGUUUGUGAAUUGGGCUCCCAAGUUUUGGGGGACCCGCGCUUGCGCCGCGGGGUGACAGAAGAGGCUCGUGGGAGCCCCCCAUGGAGCCCACCGGGCCUGCGGAGGAGCUCCCCACCCAGCUGCUCCCUGCCCCAGAACUCAGGGACCCUGAAGACCCUGGCGGCGAAGGCCCGGAUGGCUCGGACACCGUGGUCCUCAGCCUCUUUCCCUGCAAGCCCGAGGCCGGGAACCUUGAGGCUGAUGCCAGCGCCUCCUCCCUGCAGGGCAGCUCACUGAAGCACUCCACGACCCUCACCAACCGGCAGCGGGGGAACGAGGUCUCAGCCCUGCCCGCCACCCUGGACUCACUGUCCAUUCACCAGCUCGCGGCCCAGGGGGAAUUGAGCCAGCUAAAGGAGCACCUGCGGAAAGGUGACAACCUCAUCAACAAGCCUGACGAGCGCGGCUUCACCCCGCUCAUCUGGGCCGCCGCCUUCGGCGAGAUCGAGACCGUCCGCUUCCUCCUGGACUGGGGCGCAGACCCCCAUGUCCUCGCCAAGGAGCGGGAGAGCGCCCUGUCCCUGGCCAGCAUGGGCGGCUACACGGACAUCGUGGGGCUGCUGCUCGAACGUGACGUGGACAUCAACAUCUACGACUGGAACGGAGGGACUCCACUGCUGUAUGCCGUGCGCGGGAACCACGUGAAGUGUGUGGAGGCCUUGCUGGCCCGCGGCGCAGAUCUCACCACGGAGGCCGACUCCGGCUACACCCCGAUGGACCUCGCCGUGGCCCUGGGAUACCGGAAAGGUGGGUGGCCGGGGCACCACGGGAGGGGCCAAGGGGCAUGCGGGUGCAGCACGGCCCCUCCCACCAGGUGCUGGCAGGGAGCAGUCGGCUCUGCUGUGUGCCCGGCUGGGCUCCCCUGCCUGGCUUGGAGCACCGUCCCAUCCUAGGACAGUCACAGGGCACUGAGAGCCCCAGCUGGCCCACGCGUGGCCCUGUGUGCUAGUCCAUCUCUGUUGCUACAGAAAGGCACCCAGAACUGUGUGAGUUACAAAGAAAAGAGGUUUAUUUUCAUGGUUGUAGGGACUGGGAAGUCCAAGUUCAAAAGACUGGUGGGCCUAUGUGGAAGGCACAAAACAUAAGGGGCAUCCUGCUUUAAAACAGCUGCUUUUAGCCUGCCAUGGUGGCGCACAAUCUCA